AUGCGGUUAGUUAACAGAGUGCUCAACAAAAUGGAGUUUGAGUUUGCCGAAGACAAACACAAUGACAAGUUGUCCGAUGAAUGUCAUCCCAAAGACACCCACCAGAAGGCAAACCAAUUGAAUGAACGGUUUGGUUUGAAGUAUAAACGACUCACUUCUUGGGUGUUUCGGAACAAAUCGUCAAAACAAUCGACUGAUAAGAGUCUUAAGAGGAAGAGUAGUUGCAGGAAAGAAGUGCCAAAAGAUACCGAUGAAGCUAGUGAUGACAAUAAAUUGGUUUUAAUGUAUUUAAUGCCUUCAAACGACACGCAAACCGAUUGCCUGUUGUAUUCGUAUCCGAAGACUGAAACUGAAGACUCGGAUCAAGUGUUGUUGAAACUGAAAGGAAUGUUUAUAACAUUGUCUCAAGCGGUCUAUCAGUUUACUCAACAAUCGAUAUGUUUGUCAUCCAUUGAAGUGAAUCAACAAAACAGCAAACAGUUGUAUAGAAUUGGUUUUGUCCACCAAAUGAACGGUCUGUUAGUGUUAGCGCUUCCGUACGACACGUAUACUGACGUCGAAGUCGAAGCCAUUGUUGAAACCAUUGCAAGAGCAUUUGAUUGGAUUAGCGAAGAACCAGCGAUGGAUUCACACGAGCAAAGCGGCGCCCCAUUCAUUGUGAUCGGUUCCUGCCUUUUAUACAAAGGUCUACUACUGUCCUCUCAAUUGGCGGUCAAUCAUUUGAAAGACAUUUUUGCAUUUUUGAGUCUUAAAGGAUUGCUUUCAUUACACAAAACCGAUUCUAUACGACUCGUCUACACCUCACUUCACAAAGGGUUGAAAUUCGGUGCUUAA